AUGUCAGAUGGCAGAGAACUUCGUAGGAGUACUUUGAUGUCAGCAUGCAUUUUAUGGUUAGGAACUCAAAUUGAUAAUAUUCCAAGAUUUGAUGAAUACAGUGUAGAUAAAUAUCAGCAAAAAAAAGAAAAUAAAGUUUAUAUGAGAAAUAAAUAUUUACCACCUAAUUGGCUUUAUGCUAUAGAUGGUAGUAUUUAUUAUAUACAUACUGGUGUAUCUUCAAUUGCUGGAGUUUCUUUUAAUUAUCCUGUACAAUUUAGUAAAUUUUUAAAAAUACAUGGACAAAAGAUGGAUGAUGAUGAUAAUUAUUAUCUUAUUGUAAGUGCUUUAAAAUUAGCUAAUGUACCAAAUUUUGAUAAAAUGACAAGUUUUGAAAGGUAUGAAAAUCAAAAUCCAGAUAUAAGAUAUGUACAAUAUUUAAUUGCUUCAAUAUCAUUAAAUAAAUCAUCAUCAAAUAAUGGUAAUGAUUUAAUGACAGAAAAUGGUGGAUACACUUCAAGUUGUAGUUCUGAUAGUUCAACUUUAAGAAAAGUUAAAAAAAAGAAAGAUGAGAAAAAAAAGACUUUAGAUUAUGUUUCAAGAAAUGAGUAUGGACGAAAAGGGCAAAUAGAUGGGUUUUGCCAUGGGGGUAUUGAACCACAAAAUAAUAAAGAUGUUGAAUCAUCAGCAAAAAAUGAUAGUGAUAAAAAAAAUCAAAGUAAUUUUGAAAAAUGGUUGUUAGAGGCAAAUUUAAAAGUUCCUGGAACUUUACCAUUACCCAAAGCUGGAUAUGAUAACUUAGAGUCACUUGUUGCAGAAGCUGAGGUAAAAAAAAGGCCUAAUAAAUGUAGUGGUGAUAAUGAUAAUAAUUUAAUAAUUAAUAAAUGUGAAAGUUAUAAAAAAUUAAAUCAAGUUAUUUGUUCAGAUAGAAAUUUAACAAAUGUAAAAAAACAUUCUAAAGGUAAAAAACGAAGUGAACAAUUAAAAAAACUUGAAGAUUAA